CGUCCCCAGCCCUGCCCCGGGGCGGACCCGAAGGAAGGUCAGGGCUGGACGCCCCACCCCUCCCGGUCCCAUCGCCGUGGCUGCUCUGUGGGUGGCUCACUAUCAACGUUGACGACUUCAGCCACGUGCACCUCCAUGGCGGCCUCGCCGGUCCCGGGGGAGAAGAUCAGCAUCCAGGCGGGAGAGACCGCUACGGCCGGGGACAGGGACCUGCUGGGCAGCGACUGCCCCGAGUGGGACAAGCCCGUCCCGCGCUCCUGGAGGCACAAGUGCGCCUCGUAUGUGCUGGCCCUGCGCCCCUGGAGCUUCAGCGCCUCGCUCACCCCGGUGGCCCUGGGCAGUGCCCUGGCCUACAGAUCCCAGGGCGUCCUGGACCCCAGGCUGUUGGUGGGCUGUGCCGUGGCGGUGCUGGCGGUGCACGGGGCUGGCAACUUGGUCAACACUUACUAUGACUUUUCCAAGGGCAUUGACCACAAAAAGAGCGACGACCGGACCCUGGUGGACCGGAUCUUGGAGCCCCAGGAUGUGGUCCGGUUUGGAGUCUUCCUCUACACCCUGGGCUGUGUCUGUGCCGCUUGCCUCUACUACCUGUCCGCUCUGAAACUGGAGCACUUGGCUCUCAUCUACUUCGGAGGCCUGUCUGGCUCCUUUCUCUACACGGGAGGGAUUGGAUUCAAGUACGUGGCUCUGGGAGACCUCAUCAUCCUCAUCACGUUCGGCCCGCUGGCCGUGGUGUUCGCCUACGCCGUCCAGGUGGGGUCCCUGGCCGUCUUCCCGCUGGUGUACGCCAUCCCCCUCGCCCUCAGCACCGAGGCCAUUCUCCAUUCCAACAACACCCGGGACAUGGAGUCCGACCGGGAGGCGGGCAUCGUCACGCUCGCCAUCCUCAUCGGCCCCACCUUCUCGUACAUGCUCUACAACACGCUGCUCUUCCUGCCCUACCUGAUCUUCAGCAUCCUGGCCACGCACUACAGCAUCAGCCUGGCCCUCCCGCUGCUCACCAUUCCCAUGGCCUUCUCCCUGGAGAGGCAGUUCCGGAGCCAGACCUUCAACAAACUGCCCCAGAGGACCGCCAAACUCAACCUCCUGCUGGGGCUCUUCUACGUCUUUGGCAUCAUCCUGGCACCAGCAGGCAGCCUGCCCAAACUCUGAGGGGACCAGGAGCUCCUCGGGCAGCAGGUCGCCCUGUCUGAGACUGUGUUGAAAGCAGUUUCUCAGGAGAGAAGGUGAUUUGGCAGUGAGGAGCCUAAGGGUGGCUUGUAAACUCGCACCUUUUUAAAGUUAUUACGUUGUUAAAGAUAA